GGAGAAAGAUUUGGCCAGGGGCAGCUGUGCUGGCUCAUGCUCUCCUCCUUCUGCUGCUGCCAUCCUCCAGCAAGAUGCUAGGGUCUUUGGGGCUUUGGGCAUUACUUCCCACAGCUGUGGAAGCACCCCCAAACAGGCGAACCUGUGUGUUCUUUGAGGCCCCCAGAGUGCGGGGAAGCACAAAGACACUGGGAGAGCUGCUAGAUACAGGCACAGAGCUCCCCAGAGCUAUCCGCUGCCUCUACAGCCGCUGCUGCUUUGGGAUCUGGAACCUGACCCAAGACCGGGCACAGGUGGAAAUGCAAGGAUGCCGAGACAGUGAUGAGCCAGGCUGUGAGUCCCUCCACUGUGACCCAAGUCCCCGAGCCCACCCCAGCCCUGGCUCCACUCUCUUCACCUGCUCCUGUGGCACUGACUUCUGCAAUGCCAAUUACAGCCAUCUGCCUCCUCCAGGGAGCCCUGGGACUCCUGGCUCCCAGGGUCCCCAGGCUGCCCCAGGUGAGUCCAUCUGGAUGGCACUGGUGCUGCUGGGGCUGUUCCUCCUCCUCCUGCUGUUGCUGGGCAGCAUCAUCUUGGCCCUGCUACAGCGAAAGAACUACAGAGUGCGAGGUGAGCCAGUGCCAGAGCCAAGGCCAGACUCAGGCAGGGACUGGAGUGUGGAGCUGCAGGAGCUGCCUGAGCUGUGUUUCUCCCAGGUAAUCCGGGAAGGAGGUCAUGCAGUGGUUUGGGCCGGGCAGCUGCAAGGAAAACUGGUUGCCAUCAAGGCCUUCCCACCGAGGUCUGUGGCUCAGUUCCAAGCUGAGAGAGCAUUGUACGAACUUCCAGGCCUACAGCACGACCACAUUGUCCGAUUUAUCACUGCCAGCCGGGGCGGCCCCGGCCCCCUGCUCUCUGGGCCCCUGCUGGUACUGGAACUGCAUCCCAAGGGCUCCCUGUGCCACUACUUGACCCAGCACACGAGUGACUGGAGAAGUUCCCUGCGGAUGGCACUGUCCCUGGCCCAGGGCCUGGCAUUUCUCCAUGAGGAGCGCUGGCAGAAUGGCCAAUAUAAACCAGGUAUUGCCCACCGAGAUCUGAGCAGCCAGAAUGUGCUCAUUCGGGAAGAUGGAUCGUGUGCCAUUGGAGACCUGGGCCUUGCCUUGGUGCUCCCUGGCCUCACUCAGCCCUCUGCCUGGACCCCUACUCAACCACAAGGCCCAGCUGCCAUCAUGGAAGCUGGCACCCAGAGGUACAUGGCACCAGAGCUCUUGGACAAGACUCUGGACCUACAGGAUUGGGGCAUGGCCCUCCGACGAGCUGAUAUUUACUCUUUGGCUCUGCUCCUGUGGGAGAUACUGAGCCGCUGCCCAGAUUUGAGGCCUGACAGCAGUCCACCACCCUUCCAACUGGCCUAUGAGGCAGAACUGGGCAAUACCCCUACCUCUGAUGAGCUAUGGGCCUUGGCAGUGCAGGAGAGGAGGCGUCCCUACAUCCCAUCCACCUGGCGCUGUUUUGCCACAGACCCUGAUGGGCUGAGGGAGCUCCUAGAAGACUGUUGGGAUGCAGACCCAGAAGCACGGCUGACGGCUGAGUGUGUACAGCAGCGCCUGGCUUCCCUGGACCAUCCUCAGGAGAGCCACCCCUUUCCAGAGAGCUGUCCACGUGGCUGCCCACCUCUCUGCCCAGAAUAUUGUACUUCAAUUCCUGCCCCUACUAUCCUCCCCUGUAGGCCUCAGCGGAGUGCCUGCCACUUCAGUGUUCAGCAAGGCCCUUGUUCCAGGAAUCCUCAGCCUGCCUGUGCCCUUUCUCCUGUGUAAAUAUGCAGUUUAUGUGUCAUCAAUGUACAUGCCAACAUAAAUAUGGCAAUUGUGUAGCUGUCUUGUCUGCCUCAUCUCUGCCUUUCCCACCUGCCGAAUCCUUGGAUUCUUCUGCGGGCAUCCAGUCCACAGCAGUUCUGACCAGUGACUUGAGGUAGGUGUGCACAGGAAACAAUAAAGUCAGCUUUCCUGAUGCA